AUGGAUUCCGAUCGCGCCAUUGAGAGGGAGCGCCAACUCGCCGAGCGCGUCCGCGAACACGAGCGACAGGAGGCCUCCCGCAAGCCGAUGACCGAAGAAGAGAAGCAGGCGUCGGCCAAGGCGGAAUAUGAGAAAUUACUCAACAUGCGUUCGGGCGGCACCUAUAUUCCGCCAGCACGCCUGCGCGCCUUGCAGGCCCAGAUCACGGAUAAGACGAGCAAAGAAUACCAGCGCAUGGCAUGGGAAGCCCUGAAGAAGUCGAUCAACGGGCUGAUCAACAAGGUCAACGUGUCCAAUAUCAAGUACAUCGUUCCCGAGCUCUUCGCAGAGAACUUGGUCCGGGGCCGGGGGCUGUUCUGCCGCUCCAUCAUGAAGGCGCAGGCCGCCAGUUUACCCUUCACCCCCAUUUACGCUGCGAUGGCGGCGAUCGUUAACACAAAGCUGCCACAGGUGGGCGAUCUAUUGCUGUCGAGACUGAUUGUCCAGUUCCGCAAGGCGUUCAAGCGAAAUGACAAGGCAGUCUGUAUUUCCUCCACGACAUUCAUCGCACACCUCUGCAACCAGCAGGUGGCGCACGAGAUGCUUGCCGCGCAGACUCUGCUGCUUCUCCUUCACAAGCCAACAGACGACAGCGUGGAAAUCGCCGUGGGCCUCACUCGGGAAGUGGGCCAGCAUUUGGAGGAGAUGAACCCGCAGAUUGCGCUCGCCGUCUUUGACCAGUUCCGGAAUAUCUUGCACGAGGCCGACAUUGAUAAGCGUGUGCAGUACAUGAUCGAAGUUCUCUUUCAGGUGCGCAAGGACCGAUAUAAAGACAAUCCGACCGUCAAGGAGGAGCUGGAUCUGGUGGAAGAAGAAGAUCAAAUUACACACCGACUUGGCUUGGACGACGAAAUCGAGACUCAGGAUACGCUCAAUAUCUUCAAGUACGAUGCGGAAUGGGAGGCACACGAGGACGCUUAUAAGAAGUUGAAGGCUGAGAUUCUCGGCGAAGAGAGCGACGAGGAGGAUGAGGAUGAUUCGGAUGUGAGCUCAGACGACGAGUCUGAAACGGAGGCACAACGUAUGGAUAUUAAAGACCAAAGCAACACGGAUUUGGUCAAUCUCCGACGGACAAUCUACUUGACGAUCAUGUCCAGCAUCGACUUUGAAGAAUGCUGCCACAAACUGAUGAAAAUCAACCUCCCCCAGGGGUUGGAGGCUGAGCUGCCAUCCAUGAUUAUCGAGUGUUGCUCUCAGGAGCGGACGUACUCCAAGUUCUACGGACUGAUCGGCGAGAGAUUCGCCAAGAUCAACCGACUGUGGUCCGAUCUGUUCGAGGAGGCGUUUGCCAAGUACUACGACACCAUUCACCGCUACGAAACAAACCGUCUGCGCAACAUCGCGCGGUUCUUUGGGCAUUUGCUCAGCAACGACGCCCUUGGUUGGCAUGUCCUGUCUGUGAUUCACCUCAACGAAGAGGAAACCACGUCCAGCAGCCGCAUCUUCAUUAAGAUCCUGUUCCAAGACCUCGCCGAGAACUUGGGCGUUUCCGGCCUGCAGGCACGCUUCCGAGAUGAAAUCCUGCGGCCCAGUUUCGAGGGCAUGUUCCCAACAGAGAACCCUCGCCACACCCGGUUCUCGAUCAACUACUUCACCAGCAUUGGUAUGGGCGCUCUAACGGAGGACAUGCGCGAGCAUCUCAAGAACCUGCCUCAGCCAACCGUACCCGCCCUACCUGCUGCACGUGCGGAUUCCCGAUCAUCUUCUGUCAGCUCACGGUCGCGUUCUCGCUCGCAUUCUACAUGUUCCACGUGCACCCCACGGUCCCGUUCACGCUCCUAUUCAUACUCUCGAUCGCCUUCUCGGGACCGCGGCCGGUCCUAUUCCCGUUCCAGGACCCCUUCUUCACGAAGCCGGAGCUACACCCCGUCGCGCUCGCGGUCUCCGGCGCGUCGGGGUCGUCGCGACUCGCAUAGCCGGUCUCCUACUCCUGGCGACCAGUCGCAGUCGAAAUCGGCACCAAAACGCCAAACUCGAGGACGGUCCUACUCGAGGAGUCCCAGUCGCAGUCCGUAUCGGGCUCGCCGCUCGGCAUCUCGAUCUGUCACACCCCCGCGUCGUGAAACAACACGCGGGAGGAAUCGCAGCUAUUCCCGGUCUCCUUCUCGGUCUGUCACACCCCCGAAGCGUGGUGCGCCUGCAUCGCGAGCAAGGCGGCAUUCCUCCGCGUCAGCGUCGCCUCCACCUCGUCGGGGACGCCAUGUUUCUGGGUCUCGUUCACCGCCACCUCGCCGUGGCUGA